AUGCCCGUCAACGGGUCCUUCACCCCUGAUUCAGCUAUUGAGAUGAAGGACACGGCGUAUCUAUCCCAUUCUAACCCCGAACUACACAUGUCCAACAACAGUCUGCAAAGGAACGAAAGACGAGGCAGCACAUGCCAAACACUCUGCACACAGGUGUUUGCCAUCAUAGUCUUCAUAACGGGACUCGGAAUCGGCAUCGUCAUAGGAUACUUCGCCCUCAACCCCAGACAGGCAGACUGCAAUGCACCGUCGGUUCAAGGACGACCAUCGGAACUAAUGGUUACGCCAGCAUUUACGUCAGCGACAGGGUCCCCUCCCGCUGUACCAUUUACAACACCACCUCCACACCUAACGCCUAAAUGUCCCACUGGAAAUAUGAUCACCAAAACAGACAAAUCUGAAGAUAAGGGCUUGUUUGAAUUACUUACAACCGAGGAGAUGGAACAGGUACGGAACUUCUUGAAGCGCGAGGGUCUUAUAUCGUCCAUCGAUGGAACACCAUCUUUGAGAGACAGCUACAUCUAUGGCAUGUCUCUCUACCUACCUCAGAAAUCCGCUGCCCUGAAGCAUCUCGACAAAGGUGAACGAUCUCCAGGGAGGUUCGCCGAUGUCCAUGUCCACAGAGGAAACAGGAACAGUCCUGAUCUUAUGGAAUACAGAGUAGGGCCGCUAGGAGAAUCAAUGACAGCCCAGGCCAUGUAUACAGACGGCGAGCUGCCCUAUAACAGUAGACCGAGGGAUGGCAUAGAAUGGGACGGGCUUACAGAACAGGUGACCCGAGCUAUGGCGAUCCUGCGACCGUUGCUUCAGGAGAGUUUUGACGGAGCUUACUAUCCAAACGGUGGUUUGACCUUCCACCCACAGGCGCCACCAGGUCUGCAGCCAGAUGAGAGGGAGACCAGGUUUGUUAUGGCUCUACACGUUGAAGGUACCGCUAGAGGUCGCGAUCUACACCCUCUCCCUCUCACAGGUACUGUUCACAAUCCCGGUGUUGACACUCGAAAAUGGUACACGCACAGCUUCUAUUACCUCAACCAAGGACCCUUCGCCUCUGCAGAAGAAUUACUGUCAGCUUAUAGCAAUGGAACUGUCCGAAAAUUUUCGUUUUCCAAAGGAUACCGCCAGACAAUCUUUGCCACAUCCUUCCCAAAACAGAACUCUGACAAGAGGAGGCAAUACGCAUCAACUAAAUCCCCUCCCAGGUCAUACACUCCUUCAGGACAUAGGUUUGUUAUCAAUGACCAUAAUAUCAAAUGGAUGGGAUGGGACUUCACAGUGGGUGCAAGUCAGUUUCGAGGUCCUAGUAUUUUCAAUGUCAAAUUCAAGGAUGAGAGGAUCGUGUAUGAGAACUCACUGAACGACGUUGUAUUGGUGUAUGCCUCUGAUGUGUCUUCAGGAGCAAACACCAUCUACAUGGACGCCACAUUUGGUGUUGGGGAGUUCCAGAACGUCAUUCGUGGAGUUGACUGCCCUGACCAUGCCGCCAUAUUGGGCGCUACCUGGUUCAACAGCUACAGCCAAUCUCCAGUCUCAGCUAAAACAAUUUGUGUGUUUGAAACUGCAGGUGAGCAAGCUCUCUGGAGGAGGAAGGACAAGUAUGCAGCAGGUCUCGCAAAUAAUCAUCUCAUUGUUCGAAUCCCAAUGUCUGUAGGAAACUAUGAUUAUACCAUUGACUUCAUGUUCCACCUUGACGGGACUCUCAAGACGGAGGCCGUGGCGUCGGGAUAUCUCCAGGCAAGCUUCUGGGACCCCGAGAACCCCCACGCUGGGACAGAGAAAAGCACGGAUCCGUUUGGGUUCAGGCUUGGGGAAUACACACAUGGGGCUCUACAUGAUCACACGUUUGGUUUCAAAGUUGAUUUGGAUAUUCUCGGCACUGACAACAGCUUUGAGGUAAUUCACUGGAAAGCAGGCGACGUUCUCAAAGCAUUGAAAACACAGUCCAACAUUGCCACGAAGCCGUCAUACUUCUUAUACAACGAGACGAGAUACAUUGAAUGGGAGACCCUUCAGAAGGAAUCAGGUCUGAAAAUUGACAUGUCCCGACCUCAGUUCUGGACAGUUGUGAAUGAAAACCAGAAGAACAGAUGGGGCGCGAAGAGAGGCUAUAGAAUAGUUCCUGAGACAUCUGAAGCCCAGGUUGUUCCCGAAUCUCACCCAGUGAUGGAGGCUGUGUCCUACACUAAGUAUCAUUGUAUGGUCACCCAGCAGAAGGACGACGAGAAAUACAUCACGGGGCGUACGAUCUCAACCGCCUGGCUGACCCGAUGGUGUCAAUGGACCAAAUGAUCAACGACGAACCAGUUGUAAAUUCCGACUUGGUGACGUGGGUUAGUAUAGGCUUCCUUCACGUUCCAACAGCAGAGGAUGUGCCAAUGACUGUCCGUGCACAUUCUAGUUUCACCCUGAAACCAUUUAACUACUUCGACACCACAGCUUCGUUUGACAUGCCCCAGUAUGUCGACACUAAAGACCAUUCAAUUACCGAGAGACCGCCUACCUAUCAGUCGUGUUCAGAACCAACUUACGAUGAUUGCUAUUUUUGUAAAUAAUGUGUAUGGAGUGAAAUGUGAAGUAUAAAUCUCAUACGUUAUUUGACUGCAUUCUUUGAAUUUUUGUAUCUAAUGAGUUUUCAU